AUGGUGCGACAUAAUUACACAAUCCAUAACAAAGGGCCAUGGACCGUACGAAAUGUUACCGCUAAAUUUGAUUGGCCGUAUCAAAUUGAAUCACCAGCUGGCAGACAAUGGGCGCUCUAUCUUCUCGAUGUUCCCACCGCUACAAUUCACAACACAGAUGGAACAGUGGAUAUACGAAGAUGCAGUGUUGAGAGACAGUUUGAACACGUGAAUCCUUUGGACAACAUAAAACUCAAUACGAAGUACACCACGCAGGAGACGGUAUCCACGCGCACGGAAGUCAGAAAACGAGCCAAG